GCCCUAGGGUUCUCUUCUACUUCGCAUAACACACCCGGCCAUGGACCACCCCCGGCGCCAAUCCAAGGAUUCUCUCUCCUACUCCAACCUCUUCAAUCUCGAGCCGUUGAUGAACUUUCAACUUCCGCAGCCUGAUGAUGAUUUUGAUUAUUACGGCAAUAGUAGUCAGGAUGAGAGCAGAGGUAGCCAAGGUGGAGCUAAUGGCAAUGAGAUGAUGUCGGACUGCGAACUGAGUUCAGUAAAGAAAAGGAGGCGGUCGCAGAAUAGUGAUUAUGAGGAGGAUGACAGUUACUACGGGACGCACAUUACAGAGGAGAAGUACAGAUCAAUGCUUGGGGAACACAUUCAGAAGUACAAGAGGAGGUUCAAGGACUCGUUGUCGAGUCCUGCAGCCACAAAGAUGGGGAUUCCAGUGUUGAAGGGGAAUAAGGGUUCAAAAUCUAGAAAGUCGGCAAAUGAGAACCGAAGAGGGUUUUAUGAAAUGGAAACCACAUCCGAGUGGCUCAAUGACACUAUUGCUCAUAAACCAGGGAACUACCAUGAUGCUGAUUUUGCCCCACAAAGUGCUGUCAAUAGAGUAAUAUAUGAACCUCCUUAUCUGGAUAUUGGAGAUGGUUUCACGUACAAGAUUCCACCAAUCUAUGAUAAACUGGUGACACCUUUACACUUGCCUAGCUUUUCUGAUUUUCGGGUGGAGGAAGUCUACUUAGAAGGCACAUUGGAUUUGGGAUCCUUAGCAGAAAUGAUGGGUAGCGAUAAAAAGUUUGGUUCAAAAAAUCGGGCAGGAAUGGGGGAACCCUCUUCCCUGUAUGACUCCCUUCAGGCAAGAUUGAAGGCCUUGUCCACUUCUACAUCUGAUCAAAAGUUCAGCCUCAAAGUUUCUGAUAUUGGGUUGAAUUCCAUCCCAGAGGGGGCAGCAGGAAGGAUAAAAAGGUUUAUUUUGUCCGAGGGUGGUCUCUUGCAACCCAAUUAUGUGAAGGUUUUGGAGAAAGGGGACACAUAUGAGAUCAUUGAACGAAGCCUACCCAAGAAGCAGAAGGUAGAGAAAGAUCCUUCUCUGAUGGAGAAGGAGGAAAUGGAUAGGAUUGGUAGAGUUUGGGUAAACAUUGUAAGAAGAGACAUACCAAAGCAUCAUAGAAUUUUUACUUCUUUUCACCGCAAGCAACAGAUUGAUGCCAAGAGGGUCUCAGAGAGCUGUCAAAGAGAGGUAAAAAUGAAGGUCAGUCGAUCACUUAAAGUGAUGAGGGGUGCUGCAAUUCGCACAAGAAAACUAGCCAGAGACAUGCUACUGCUUUGGAAGAGAAUAGACAGAGAGAUGGCUGAAGUGAGGAAGAAAGAGGAAAAAGAAGCUAUCGAAAUGCGCAAGCGUCUGGAGGAGGAAAGAGAAGCAAAGAGACACGAGCAAAGGCUCAAUUUUCUCAUCAAACAGACUGAACUUUACAGUCACUUCAUGCAGAACAAGAGUUCACAGCCAACUGAAGAUCUACCUAUAGGAGAUGAAAACAAAGAUGACCAAGAUGAAUCUCCUAGCUCCUCAGAUAAUAAGAAUAUUGAAGAAGAUUUUGAGGAAGCUGAACUGAAGAAGGAGGCCUUGAAAGCUGCUCAAGAUGCAGUUUCAAAGCAGAAAAAGAUAACUAAUGCAUUUGAUGAUGAGUGUCUGAGACUGCGUGAAGCUGCUGAGCUUGAGGCACCACAGGAUGUCGCUGGAGCUAAUAACAUGGAUCUGCAUAAUCCCUCCACUAUGCCUGUUACAUCAACAGUUCAGACACCAGAGCUGUUCAAAGGUUCCCUUAAAGAAUACCAGUUAAAAGGCCUCCAGUGGCUGGUUAAUUGUUAUGAGCAGGGUUUGAAUGGCAUCCUUGCUGAUGAGAUGGGCCUGGGUAAGACCAUCCAGGCCAUGGCAUUUUUGGCUCAUUUGGCUGAGGAAAAAAAUAUAUGGGGGCCUUUUCUGGUUGUUGCUCCUGCCUCUGUCUUGAACAACUGGGCUGAUGAAAUAAGUCGUUUUUGCCCCGACUUGAUUACUCUUCCGUAUUGGGGUGGUCUUCAAGAGCGUUCAGUACUUAGGAAAAAGAUCAACGCUAAGAAACUCUACCGUAGGGAUGCUGGGUUUCACAUUCUCAUUACCAGUUACCAGUUGCUAGUGGCUGAUGAGAAGUGCUUCCGGCGUGUGAAAUGGCAGUAUAUGGUAUUGGAUGAAGCACAAGCUAUCAAAAGCUCUAACAGUAUAAGAUGGAAGACGCUGCUCAGCUUUAAUUGUCGAAAUCGUUUGUUGCUUACUGGUACACCUAUCCAGAAUAAUAUGGCCGAGUUGUGGGCCCUACUACAUUUCAUUAUGCCUACCUUAUUUGACAGUCAUGAACAAUUCAAUGAGUGGUUCUCAAAAGGAAUUGAAAACCAUGCGGAACAUGGGGGCACUUUGAAUGAGCACCAGCUGAACAGAUUGCAUUCCAUAUUGAAGCCAUUCAUGCUUCGUCGAGUUAAGACAGAUGUGAUUUCUGAGCUUACCAGGAAAACUGAAGUUACCGUGCACUGCAAGUUGAGUUCUCGACAACAAGCUUUUUAUCAAGCUAUCAAAAACAAGAUAUCUCUUGCUGAGUUGUUUGACAACAAUCGUGGCCAUCUUAAUGAGAAGAAAAUCUUGAACUUGAUGAAUAUAGUCAUUCAGCUAAGAAAAGUCUGCAACCAUCCUGAAUUAUUUGAGAGGAAUGAAGGAAGCACAUAUCUUCAUUUUGGUGAGAUUUCAAAUUCUCUUCUUCCUCCUCCAUUUGGGGAGUUGGAAGAUGUACACUACUCAGGAAGUCAAAAUCCUAUAACAUACAUGAUCCCCAAACUUUUGUAUCAAGAAAUUCUCCAAAAUUCUGAAACGUUUUGUUCCGCAGUUCGCCAUGGUGUCUACAGUGAAUUAUUUCAGAAACAUUUUAACAUAUAUUCACCACAUAAUGUGUAUCAAUCGAUAUUCUUGCAAGAGGAUGACUCUGAUGAGUUGUCGGUUAGAAGUGGAACAUUUGGUUUUACUCAUCUGAUGGAUCUGUCCCCUGCAGAGGUUGCAUUUCUAGGAACUGGUUCUUUUAUGGAGCAGCUAAUGUUUUCCAUUAUGAGAUGGGACCACCAAUUUUUUGAUGGGUUUAUAGACACUCUAAUGGAAACCAUUGAUGAUGAUUCUGAACACAACUUUCUUGAUAGUGGAAAAGUGAGAGCGGUAACACGAAUGUUGCUGAUGCCUUCGAGAUCUAUAACUACAAUUUUGAGGAGGAACAUGGCCACUGGACCUGGUGGUACACCAUUUGAGGAUCUAGUUGUCUCUCAUCGUGAUAGGCUUCUCUCUAAUAUUAGGCUUCUCCGGUCGACAUACACAUUCAUCCCACGAACAAGAGCUCCCCCAGUUAAUGCCCAUAGUUCUGACCGAAACUUUGCCUACAAAAUGAGUGAAGAACAACAGUAUCCCUGGCUGAAGAGGUUGUUGUCUGGCUUUGGGCGAACAUCUGACUACAAUGGACCCAGAAAACCCAACACUCCUCAUCAUUUAAUAGAAGAGAUUGAUUCUGAACUGCCUGUUUCACAUUCAGCUCUCCAGUUAACAUACAGAAUCUUUGGGUCUUGUCCUCCAAUACAAAGCUUUGACCCAGCAAAAAUGCUCACUGAUUCGGGGAAACUUCAGACGCUUGAUAUAUUACUGAAACGGUUGAGGGCAGAAAAUCAUCGUGUUCUCUUGUUUGCACAGAUGACAAAGAUGCUGAAUAUUCUUGAGGACUACAUGAACUACAGGAAAUACAGGUACCUCAGACUCGAUGGAUCCUCCACCAUAAUGGAUCGUAGAGACAUGGUCAGAGACUUCCAGCAACGAAAUGAUAUUUUUGUUUUCUUGCUGAGUACAAGAGCUGGUGGACUAGGCAUUAACUUGACAGCUGCAGAUACUGUCAUAUUUUAUGAAAGUGAUUGGAAUCCAACCCUGGAUUUACAGGCAAUGGAUAGAGCUCAUCGCUUGGGUCAAACAAAAGAUGUUACUGUCUACCGCCUAAUUUGUAAAGAAACAGUUGAGGAGAAGAUUCUGCAACGCGCAAGUCAGAAAAAUACUGUCCAGCAGCUUGUAAUGAUGGGUGGUCAUGUUCAGGGUGACCUUUUGGCCCCUGAGGAUGUUGUGUCCCUACUUCUCGAUGAUGCCCAGUUGGAGCAGAAAUUAAGAGAAGCUCCAUUACAGGUUAAAGAUAGACAAAAGAAGAAACAGACAAAGGGUAUACGGGUAGAUGCAGAAGGUGGUGCCUCUUUGGAAGAUUUAACAAACACCGCUGCAUCACAAGGUACUGGGAAUGAGGAAUUUCCAGAUGUCGAAAGAUCAAAAUCCAAUAAUAAAAGGAGGAAAACUGUGCCUGACAAGCAUACUCCAAGACUGAAGAAUUCUCAAAGUAUGGAUGAUCUAGAUGGCUAUGAAGUGGAUGAUUCAUUACAAAAUACUGAUCCACAUGAUACAAGAUCCAAGAGGCCAAAGAGAUCAAAGAAGAGUGUAAAUGAGACUCUUGAACCUGCAUUUACAGCAGCGUCCCCUGUUAUCCCGAGGCAGACGUGAUAUCGCAUUAGUUUGGAUCUCAAGGGGUUUUUAACUAGCAGCUAGGCAAGACAUCUCAAGGAUCAGAAGGGCUUAUCUGCUUCUGAUAAUAUCAUGCAAAUGAAGGAAUAGUAUAUAUGCAAUGAGCGUGAGCAUCGCUGGCUGGAAUUCUUAUCACUUAUCCCAAUGGAGCUGGGAAACAAAGGAAGCCACGCCAUGACAUAGUAAUGGUGCGAGUCCUGGAAGCAGAAAGAGGGGGAAGCCAAGGUAGUCGUAUGGUUGUAUAUAUCAGUAUGAUUCGGUUCAUAUUUUUUUCCCUGAAGUGUAGAGGUUGAGUAGCCUAGGCUGUGUGAAGGUAGUUAGUCACUGCCAAUAUCAAACACCUCUAAUAUUGCCUAAUUACGGCCAAGAGGUGUGGAAAUUUUAAUGAUGGAGCAAAGAACCAAUGAAUAUCACUUGUUUCAGGAGCCAUGAGGGAAUUUUGGGCGGCGAGGCAAAGUUUAUAGUAGCGGAAAAGAUGCAGAUGAGC